UAAUUCGUUGUUUUUUAUUAUCACUGACGAGUGAACAAUCAGCUGUUUCUACAGAGCAGAAGACUUAAAAUUAUAUAUUUAUUUUUGAAGCAUAUUUGAGUUAAAAUCGGAUUAGAUAAUAAAAAAAAUGCUUCUAAAACAAAUAAUAACGAAGGGUCAGCAACAGAUGCGUUUUAUCUCAUCCGCGACAGCUGCCGUAACACGAUUACAUCGCUCCGUGUAUUGCCGCAUGUAUCCCACGGUCGUUGUGCAGCCCGAUGGUUCCACAAUUAACAUUCGCUACCAUGAGCCACGGCAAAUAAUUAAGUUGCCAUUGGAUCUUAGCAGUUUAAGCGAAGCUGAGCGCAAAGCCCGUUUAGAAGCACGUAAACCACGUAAGAAGGUCAAGAUUAUGGAGGAAGUUGAGGAUACAUUCAAUGCAAAGAAAUAUAUGAAGUAUAUUAAGAAGAAGUAAUUGUUAAACACGUAUUUUACGCAAAUAACAACUAAUUGGAAUUGCCUUUCAUAAACAUGGAAUGUUAUGGCUUUGAAAAUUAUAAUGUAUGCAAUCCUGCAAUUGUUGUGUUAAUUGAAUAUAUGUUUAUGGAUUAUUUAUA